UGUGAUUGGCUGCCGGCGGCAACGUGACCAACGGUCGCGGGAAGUCCUUCGCCACGCGCGUGAUAGGAAGAGAGCAGUUCUUGACUCAUUCAAAGUUUUUUUUUUUUAUGUAAACAUUGUUUCGGUUCUAUUGCAGGAAAGACGUGUUUCGGAGUCGACGAGCGAGCGGACAGGUAGUGACGGACACCCACCGUCGACGGGACCGACUGGUUUGAAGUUAAACGCCAACUUCGGACGUCGCUCUCACGGUGAAGACGAACUAGCUCCGGGAGCCAUUACCCAGCGCUCGAUGGGCGUGUAGCAGUUAGCAGACACGUUAACUCCUUUUCCUUCGGGGAUGAUCGCGGGGAUUUAAGCGCUUCACGGUAGUUUUUGACGUUAUUUGGGAUCGGUACCUUUCUCUUAAGGUAGUUCAACGUUGUUGUGUUUUCUGCGAGAACCGCCACUGCAACGGUAGCGGGAGGCAGACCGCGUGAUCCGUCGACGAGGCCGGGGUUUAAAUACUGAAGAUGUCGAGCUACGGUCGCCACCGGCACGGGUCGCCCUCUCCGAAGGCGCGGCCCAUUCGUCAGAAGUUGCAGUUCGCGUGCAGCGACGGGGAGGACGAGCCCAUCGAGGACGUGAACAACAGCACCGGGGGAGAAUCCGGCUUCACGGAGAUGGACUCGCCGAUGCCAGUGCGGCGGCACCCCGUCGACAAGCGGCUGGACGGGAGCAGCAGUCCGCUGAACCAGUCCGGCGCGGACGACGACGUGGAGCUGUGGGACGAGGAGAGCCUCGGCUCGCCGUCUCACCCGCGCUCCCCGGGCAGCGUGCUCUCCGCCAACUGCUCGCCGUCGCCGAGGAAAAGCUCGCGGCUGUACGGGGGCUCGCCGGAGCGCUCCUACGCGCAGGACGACGGGGAAGGAUCCAGCUCCCCGAUCCCGGACUGCCCCGACACACCUCCGCACAAAACCUUCAGGAAGCUGCGUCUUUUUGACACGCCGCACACACCAAAGAGUUUGCUGUCCAGAGCCAGGGGCUCCGGCCCUGGAUCCUCCAGCAGGAGAGUGGCCCUGUUCAAGAAUGUGGAGCCUUCGGGGAAGUCAGUCACAGACAGCAGCAGGAGGCAACAGGCCCCUCUGGUCAAUUUUAACCCCUUCACCCCGGACUCCCUCCUCAUCCAGUCCGCCACGCAGCAGAGAAACAACAGGAAGCGGGCACACUGGAAUGACUCUUGUGGAGAAGACAUGGAUGCAAGUGAUGGUGAAGGAGAGGAGGACGUCCUCCCACCGUCCAAGAGGAUCACCAUGAUGGAGAGCAACAUGAUGUCUCGGUACACCUCAGAGUUCCUGGAGCUGGAGAAGAUCGGCUGCGGGGAGUUUGGUGCCGUGUUCAAGUGCGUAAAAAGACUUGAUGGCUGCAUCUACGCCAUCAAGAGAUCCAAGAAACCUUUGGCUGGAUCUGUAGAUGAGCAGAACGCCUUAAGGGAGGUGUAUGCCCAUGCUGUGCUGGGCCAGCAUCCGCACGUGGUGCGUUACUACUCGGCCUGGGCCGAGGACGACCACAUGCUCAUUCAGAACGAGUACUGCAACGGGGGGACGCUGUCCGACGUCAUCGCAGAGAACUACAGGCGGCUCAGCUACCUGUCGGAGCUGGAGCUGAAAGAUCUGCUGCUACAAGUCACACGAGGACUCAAGUACAUCCACUCUACAUCUCUGGUGCACAUGGACAUCAAGCCCAGCAACAUCUUUAUUUCACGGAAGUCUGUUGCGAGCUGUGAUGAAUGCGACGAUGACGAGGGUUUGACCACCAGUGUUUACAAAAUUGGUGAUCUCGGCCACGUAACGAGAGCAAACAAUCCACAGGUGGAGGAGGGUGACAGCAGAUACCUGGCCAAUGAGGUUUUACAAGAGGACUACAGUAACUUGAUGAAGGCAGACAUCUUUGCUCUGGCUCUUACCGUUGUCAAUGCUUCAGGGGCCGAGCCUCUUCCCACAAAUGGAGACAAAUGGCACGAGAUCCGACAGGGAAAACUCCCUGCUAUCCCGCAAGUGCUUUCUCCAGAGUUUCUCAGCCUCCUCAAGCUGAUGAUCCACCCGGACCCAACCAGAAGACCAUCGACUUCUGACCUCAUCAGACACCCGGUGCUCCUCACCGCUGCCAGAAUGAGUGCAGACCAGCUCCGAGUUGAACUCAACGCUGAGAAGUUCAAGAACGCCCUGCUACAAAAGGAGCUGAAGAAAGCCCAGCUGGCCAGAGCUGCAGCCGAGGAGAAGGUUUUGUCCACCGACAGGAUCCUGACCCGCUCCACAGUCCAGUCCAACCCCAGAACCUCCAGACUCAUAGGAAAGAAGAUGAAUCGGUCGGUCAGCCUCACAAUCUACUGAGACCUAAAUCCACCCUGACAGGAAGUUGGCUCAUGGACCUUCACUCAGACCUGUUCGGUGGCCUUUUUUCUUUUCUAUUUCGAGGAUGUAUCAGUCAUGGUUUUGGGGCUCUUCGGGCCAAUCGAAGCUGUCGACUUUUGCCACACCGAACUUGAACUCAUCUCGAUAAACUUUCAUUGCCAACAUAGUUCAGCCCUUUUCGCCAGCGAACUUUUGGAAAAAAGUAAAUGUCAUUCCUCAAAGGUAGUUACUGUACCUUUAUCACUCUGUCAUUCCUUAAGUUUGCAUAGACGUCAGUCUCUCACUGUGUCUGUGCUUGCACUUCCCUGGACAAAGCCAAAGCCCGUUGGCAGCGGCUCAAAGUGAAGCUCUCUUCAGUGUGAAUGUACUUGCUGUCGCCGUGUGCACCUUACUGCCUGUCAAACGCCUGAUGCUGGGUAUCAGAGGGUCCGAGAACUGACAAUUUCUGUGUUUGUAAUGGAGCACUUUGGAGGCAAAACGUGGAACCCGCCACAUUGUUUUGUAAGAAAAAGAUAAAAACCUGCUGCUAUUGAUGUUUUGUAUGUAUCAGGGUUUGGCCAGUUUCAGGUUGGAUCGUUCUAGAGGUCAUUGGCUCUUAUUUUCAAGUAGCAGGAGUCCCAUCACCCUCCUUCCCUCACGUAAUGGCGUUUAUAUUAUUUUUUGCUUGGAUGAAAAAACAGACUUGUGCCAUUUUAGAACAAUAAUCUUGUUAAGUACCAAAACCAGUGAGCGAACUCCUUCUCUGUGAGGUUAGAUUGGAUCCAUGUGAUUUUCCCUGUUGCUUGGUGCUGCCGACCCUGCCUUGUAGCAUUAGAACAAUCAUCAUCCUGUUAUUUGGAUUCUCGUGUGUUCUUCUUUUUUUCCUCUCUCCUGCCGACAUUGCCAUGAGGUUUGCCUUCACUUAGGAGUGUUCAUGUCUCUGUUCUUGUAAACUCUAACACACAAAGCUUUCUGUCGUAACAUGUACAUAUGUUCUUUUAAUAAAUUCUCUCCUACACUC